AUGUCUUAUGACCAGGGUGCUCUGCUGGAGCCGCUGGGGGUGGCGCUUCAUGCCGUGAGAAAAGCAAGCCUUGCCCCGGGUUCAUCAUGCCUUGUAAUCGGAGCAGGCGCUGUCGGUUUGAUGUGCGCCGCCGCGGCGCGAGCAGCUGGAUGUGCCAGCAUCGUCAUGGCAGACAUUGCCGAGAACCGACUCCAAUUCGCCCUCAGCCGAGGGUUUGCUUCUGCUGUGUCGCCCAUGUCACUAAGAAAAGCAGAGACUCUGGAGGACAAGCUUGCCUGUGCGAAAGAAUUCGCAGAAGAGUUCUGCAAAGCAGGACAACGGACGGGGGAAAAGCAGCCACACAAGUUCGCAGCUACAUUUGAAUGUACGGGUGUCGAGUCCUGUGUCCAGGCUGCCAUAUAUGCCACUCGAGCAAGUGGCAAGGUCUUGCUCGUUGGGAUGGGAUCACCCAUCCAGACAUUGCCUAUCGCAGCAGCGACGCACCGUGAAGUUGAUCUGAUUGGCGUUUGGCGGUAUGCCAACACGUACCCCGAAAGUAUUGACAUCAUGAGCAAGGCCGGUCAAGACGGGACAGGGAUACCUGAUCUGUCAAGCAUCAUCACACACAGAUUUGAAGGCCUGCAGAGGGUUCCUGAGGCAUUCGAUGUCGCUGCAAGAUCGACAGAUGUGGAUGGGAAGCUUGUGGUCAAGGUGGUGGUCCAUAACUCGUGA